AUGAGCAUAGGUAUAAGGCAGGGUUGCUCUCUAUCCCCUUACCUUUACGUCAUCGUUAGUAAUGUACUUUCCAAGCUCAUUAAUAAAGCGGUUUUGGACGGUAGCAUUGGGUUAUAUCCUCAGUGUCAAAAAGUCAAUAUGUCCCAUUUGAGCUUUGCUGAUGAUAUUGUAGUCUUCUCAGAUGGCACACCAGAGUCGCUACAAGGAACUCUCUGUGUGUUUGAAGACUUUGCUGCGAUGUCGGGCUUGCGAAUCAACAUAGCAAAGUCCACAGUCUUUGCAGCGGGACGAGGGAAGUCGGUCCUUGAGGGUGCAGCAGCAGGCUCAGGUCUCUCCAUCUCUGCUCUACCUAUUAAGUACUUUGGUCCCCCUCUCACCACUAAAAUAAUGGCUAGUAGCUGCAUUGAUGAGAUUGAAAGCAUGUGUUCUGGUUUUCUCUGGAGUGGAUCGCCAAACAUAACGACAAAGGCCAAAAUUGUGUGGGAUGAUAUGUGUACUCCUUAUGAAGAGGGAGGAUUGGGAAUUCGUCGUAUCCAGGAGAGGUACUUACUGCGUGAUGAGACGCUAUGGGAUGCAAAGGACACAUGGCUUGGUUCUUGGGCAUGGCAGAAGUUGUUGAGGUUUCGGUCUUUGGCAAAAGAGUUCUUACGGAUGGAUGUUAAAGAUGGUUGUACUGUGCGGUUCUGGUCAGAUAUGUGGUUUCCUGAGGGCAGGCUGAUUGAGAUCGCGGUGAAAUUGGCAUGCAGAAGCUGGGCAUCAGGAGGGAUAUGA